UUCGGAUGGGCACCAACUCAAAUAUUUAUGGCAUUAAAACUGGAUUUUGACACAUGUUUCUACUCACUAUGUUGGCAACAUUUUUUUAUGAUCAAUUUGACACUGCCAAUGGAAAACACAGUCUGUUUAAGUCCCUUGAAACAAAACAACUACAUGUUGGCAUGAUCCUACCUUUUAUAAACUCAAACGUCUAGAAAUAGGCAGUUAAACUCUUCAUUGAAAUCUGUUAAACUAAGACAACUUACAGUUUUCUGCAAAUGUUUGAUAAGCCUCAUUCUCUUCGAUUUCCAUACAGAUGCGUCAUCAUUUCCUGUGCCGUCCACUUUUCCUUUUUUUCUUCUCAUUGCAUCCAGUUAUACGGAGGAGACUAUUUUCCGCAGAAAAGAAGAAAAAAGAAAAAAAUCAGUUUUCAGGCAGUUCAGACAGAAAGCCACUCCGUCUCUCUCUGUGGAAGAAUGGACCUUUGAGCAACCACUGCAACAGCACACACACAGACAGGUGAGUGGGCGGCUUGCAGACAAACAUGACUGCCAACAAGGGUUUGAAGGCUGUGCCUCGAGCAGGAGGGGGUAAAGCUCCCCGGGACGUCCCCGACAGGUGCCAGUCUACGUCACCGUGUCCUGUUCUUGCUGCCAGUCAGGGGCAGAGCCAGCAGCCUCUUCUUAGCGACGGUGAAAGCUCUGGGAAGCAGAGUAGGUACAUUAGGACUGACGGGAGGUUCCUGGCACGUGCUGGCUGGAAGAGAAAGACUGCGACCUCUUGUGUCACUGGUGACACCGACUACCAAGGUCGUCUCACCAAGUCAAAGAGCAUCAGCUGUUUGGACAACAGGCUCUCCAUCUAUAAGCCUCAGACUCAAACCUGCCAGGAAGGUCAAGGUGUCCAGGAGCAACAAGGAGAGGGACUCAACGCUAGGCCCCGGAGUUGGAGCACACUCUCACUGGGACCUUCCUCUAACCAAAGCCACAGGCGCACUCUCUCUCUCACCCGCCCGGGAUCAGGUGUUCCCCCGACCACAAUCCGCAAAAAGAUCUCAGAAUGGGAGUGCCGAAGGGUGGCUCUGCCUAGGAUGAGCUUGUGUCUAGAUAAAAGAGGAGGAGAGCGUGUAGGGGGCAGUGAGGGCUGCCCCAGCCUGCUUUCUUCUCCUUGUAGCGAGAAAACGUUUGACUUAAAGGGGGUUCGCAGGAUGAGCACAGCUUUCUCAGAAUGCUCCUACACAGAGGAAGAGGAAGGGGUUUCUGACAAAGACGGCUUAGGCCGCUUCCAGAAGAGGAUAGGGAAGACAGAGUCCUCAGGAACGUUUGCACGUUCCGUGUCUGCUCGGAAGGAGACGUCAGCGGUUCUCAACAGGAUACAAAAGAUAGAGCAAGCCCUGAAGGAGAAUCCCAGCCCAUCACCUCCACGAUAUCUGAGUAAUUGCUAUGCUCUCGACAAGACAAGACAAAAGUCUUUUGUCAUUGGUGACGACUUGGACAGUACUUGCACCAGUAAGCGCAGCAGCAUUUGCUCGGUGGCCACAGAACCAGAUGCUGUUUUGGUGCCUGAUAAGCUCUGUAAACUCAGACAAAGAUUUAGUGUGAGCUCAGCCAGGUCUGAGAGCCCAGAACCACUGGCCCAACAGAGCUCUGUCGGCACACCGGUCAACCCCUUACCUAAACCCAAACGCACUUUUGAGUACGACGCCAAACGGGACCAGAAGGCUGUGUCGCCAGCCAACGGACUACCUCCGAACAGAGCCCCGGAGUCUCCCCCGCCGCUGCCCUUGACCCCUGCACCCUGCAUGACUCGAACGGUAAAGACCGAGGGGAGGACCCAGGACAGAGAGUCGUGUGAGUCGGAGGAGGUUACGAGUAGUCUGCCAUCUUCGUCCUCACCUACAGAGAAUGGCACACUAACCACAGGCACACAGAGUCGGCCCAAUUCCAAAAGCACUUUAGAGGAGAAUGCCUAUGAGGACAUAGUAGAGAAGGAGAACCCAUAUGAGGAUGUUGACCUGAAGCGGAAGAGUUUGGGUCGGAAGUCAUGUCUCACCACCAUGGAUAGGAAGCUGAACUCUCCACCUCAGUUGCCUUCCAAACCCAGUAGCCAGUCUCUUCGCCUCCCUGGUCCGAGUGAUAGGAAGAGCCACCGCAUGUCACAGUUGUCCAAACGUUACAGCCAUGAUGAAAUGCUGCUUCUCUCACAGCGGGGUGUAUCUACGUUACCAUGUGGCCUGCUGACGGAUGAUAGCCUCUGUAGCACUAGUGAUACCCUGGCCUCACACAGACACUGGAGGAUCCCCAAGCUGGUCCAGAGGAUCAACUCCAUUUACUGCACUAAACGUGGGAAGAAGAGGCUGAAAAAGCUGUCCAUGUCCAAUGUUGAGACUGCAUCUCUGAGAGAUGACAACAGUGAGAGUGAGAGUGACUCUGAUGACAGGUUCAAAGCUCACACCCAGAGGUUGUUGAAACUGCAGUCCAUCCUUCGACGGGCCCCCAGCUACCGCACGCUGGAGCUGCAGCUCAUUGAGUGGCAGGAGAGAGAACUCUUUGAGUAUUUUGUGGUUGUUUCUCUGAAAAAGAAACCAAGCAAAAACUCCUACUCCCCAGAGGUCACCUACCAGUUUCCAAAGUUAGAGAGACCCACCAAGCAGAUGAGGGAGGCCGAACAGAGACUCAAAGCCAUUCCUCAGUUCUGUUUUCCAGAUGCAAAGGACUGGAGUCCUGUGUCUGAGUACACCAGUGAGACCUUCUCCUUCAUGUUGACUGGAGAGGACGGCAGCAGGAGGUUUGGGUACUGCAGGCGCCUGCUGCCGACUGGGAAAGGAUCUCGCCUUCCAGAGGUUUACUGUGUCAUCAGCAGACUGGGCUGUUUUGACUUGUUCUCCACGAUCCUGGAUGAGGUGGAACGACGGCGAGGCGUCUCAGCAGCCCUGGUCUACCCCUUCAUGAGGAGUUUGAUGGAGUCCCCCUUCCCUGCACCAGGGAAAAUUAUCAAAGUAAAGACCUUUCUGCCCGGUGCAGGAAAUGAGGUCAUCGAGCUGAGGCGGCCCACAGACUCCAGACUGGAGCACGUGGACUUUGAUAGUCUCUUCAGUUGCCUCAGUGUACGGCAGGUGAUACGAGUCUUCGCCUCGCUGCUGCUGGAGCGUCGAGUCAUCUUUGUGGCUGAUAAACUCAGUACCCUUUCCAGCUGCAUGCAUGCAGUGGUGGCGCUGCUCUACCCGUUCUCCUGGCAACACACCUUCAUCCCCGUGCUGCCGGGGUCUAUGUUGGAUAUUGUUUGCUGUCCCACUCCCUUCCUGGUGGGGCUGCUGUCCAGCUCUUUGCCCAAGCUCAAGGAGUUGCCUGUGGAAGAGGCUUUAAUGGUCGACCUGGGAACUGACCGAUUCAUUCGACAGAUGGACGACGAGGCCUCGCUGUUGCCACGGAAACUUCAGGCGGCUCUUGAACAAGCACUGGAGCAGAGGAAUGACAUCAUCAGUCAGGACUCUGACAGCGAGUCAGAUGAAGAGUAUAACUCCUUGAACAGCCUGGUGUCAGAGGCCUUCAUCCGCUUCUUCCUGGAGACCAUCGGCCAUUACUCCCUGUUUAUCACUCAAAAUGAGCGUGGAGAGCGCAUUUUCCAGAGAGAGGCCUUUCGGAAAUCCGUGGCAUCGAAAAGCAUCCGGCGUUUCCUCGGUGUCUUCAUGGAGUCUCAGAUGUUCGCUGGGUUCAUUCAGGAUCGGGAGCUGAGGAAGACCCGGGCUAAAGGUUUGUUUGAGCAAAGGGUGGAUCAGUAUCUGGAGGAGCUGCCAGACACAGAGCAAAGUGGAGUCAACAAGUUUCUGAAAGGCCUUGGAAGUAAAAUGAAGUUUCUCCACAAAAAGAACUGAGGGGAAAUCAUCCUCCUGUUUUCAGUCAUACAACAAACUGAAGGCCUGAUGUCUCAAGUCUCUGCAUUGUGAUGAUUCUCACCUUUUUGUUACGCUUUUUUAAAAAAACAACCAUGUACAUAUUAUUUCACUGUGAGCUGGCUGUGACACUCUUCAGUGUAUGUUUAUAGUAGCCUAUGAGAUAGCGAUAGUAGGACGGUUCACAGCGAGCGAGCCGUAGAGUAACCACUGAUGUCCAGGUGUGCUUGUGAAGAGUGUUAUCAGGAUGUGUGAGUGUAUGUCACCUGACAUGGGCAUAAAUGUACAGUUCAUAUGUUUUCAUUUUGCAUUAUUUCACCACAGUGUUGUCCUCUGUUUAAGGAGUGUAGAACAUAUUCAAAAACUGUACAUGCAUCAAGACAAUGAAGAAAAUGAUUGUAACUCUUCAUAGAGUCUUUUGCAAUCUUUUAUUAAAGAAAUGUUAAAAUGCUUCAAAGUGCCCAGUAUUAAGUUUACUAAUAAUACACAUGUUAAUAAUGUGUGUUGGUAACUAUUGCUUAAAGGUUAAACUAUGAUUUUGACUCAGCAUAGAUUUGUUCAUAUUUUUCUUAAACACACUUGCAUAUCAGCCAAAAAGUUCACUUAUCAAUAACAACAUAACAGAUGUACUCAACAGCUCGUAUUACUCACAAAACAAACGCCACAGCACAUAGACAUCACUUUUACAACACAGAACUAUGUAAUUCAGUUUGCCAGAUGAAAUAAAAAGUGUCUCUUUUUACAUCCGACAACUCAAUGACAGCUUCCCCCAAAGCUAUGCAUUAGGAGAAGCUGGUAGGAUCCCAAAAGGCUCAGUUAGUCUAGCACCAGCUACCACAUGCUGCCGGUAAC